AUGUCCAAGGUUAUAUACGAAGGGUGGAUGGUGCGGUAUGGGAGGAGGAAGAUCGGGCGAUCCUUCAUUCACAUGAGGUACUUUGUACUGGAACCGAGGGUUCUUGCUUACUACAAGAAGAAACCGCAGGAUAAUCAGGUACCAAUCAAAACCCUUCUGAUCGAUGGCAAUUGUAGGGUGGAGGACCGAGGUUUGAAGACUCAUCAUGGGCUGAUGGUUUAUGUGCUAUCUGUCUACAACAAGAAGGAGAAAUAUCAUAGGAUCACGAUGGCAGCAUUUAACAUCCAGGAAGCUCUGAUCUGGAAGGAAAAGAUUCAGUUUGUAAUUGACCAGCAUCAAGAGUCCCAGGUGCCGAAUGGUAACAAAUAUGUCUCCUUUGAGUGUAAGUCGGGGAUGGAUAAUGGAAGGGCUGCUUCGUCCUCAGAUCAAGAAAGUCAGUUUAGUGCUCAAGAGGAUGAAGACGACUCUAAUUCGAAUUUGUUGCGGAGGACAACUAUUGGAAAUGGCCCUCCUGAUUCUGUAUUUGACUGGACUAGAGAAAUUGAUUUGGAAUUAACAAACCAGAAUGCUAAUGAUCAAGCAUUUUCUAGAAAGCAUUGGAGGCUGCUGCAAUGUCAAAAUGGUCUUCGCAUCUUUGAAGAGCUUCUUGAAGUUGAAUACCUUCCAAGGAGCUGUAGUAGAGCAAUGAAGGCUGUGGGUGUUGUUGAAGCUACCUGUGAAGAAAUAUUUGAACAAGUAAUGAGCAUGGAUGGGACACGGUUUGAGUGGGAUUGCAGUUUCCAGUAUGGCAGUUUGGUUGAGGAGGUAGAUGGCCAUACAGCAGUACUGUACCACAGGCUUCAACUGGAUUGGUUUUCAACGGUUGUCUGGCCACGCGAUCUUUGUUAUGUACGUUAUUGGCGUCGAAAUGACGAUGGCAGUUAUGUUGUCUUGUUUCGGUCUAGAGAGCAUGAGAAUUGUGGUCCACAACCAGGUUACGUGCGGGCUCAUAUUGAGAGUGGCGGGUUCAAUAUUUCUCCUCUGAAACCUAGGAAUGGGAGACCCAGAUCACAGGUUCAGCAUCUUAUCCAGAUUGAUUUGAAAGGAUGGGGGGUGGGUUAUAUUUCAUCUUUUCAGCAGCACUGCCUCCUUCAGAUGCUGAAUAGUGUCGCUGGAUUGCGUGAAUGGUUUGCCCAAUCAGAUGAAAGAGGGGCUCCACCAAGAAUACCUGUUAUGGUCAACAUGGCCUCUGCUUCUAUUUCUUCUAAGAAGAGUCUAAAGUUGCAAGAAUCUUCUGUUCAUCAUCGCUCUGCUUCUCUUGAUCAAAUAAAUACGGCAGGCCGAAACUCAGCCAUGAUGGAUGAGUACUCUGACGAGGAUGAAGAAUUUCAAAUUGCUGAAGAAGAGCAGGAGGCUUACCUAAUAAGUCAGGAGAAUGAUGUGAAGAAAGCAGCUUCCGAAGAAGAACCUGGAGAUAAGAUUGACCUAUCCUGGUUUGUGGGUAAUCUACGGUUUGAUGAGCGAGAAAAUGCCCGUGAUUGCUGGAAAGUUUCUGAUGGGAACAACUUUAGAGUGCGCAGCAAGAAUUUUUGUUUUGACAAAACUAAGAUCCCCGCAGGAAAACACUUAAUGGAUCUAGUUGCUGUUGAUUGGUUCAAGGACACAAAAAGAAUGGAUCAUGUGGCAAGGCGUCAAGGAUGUGCAGCACAAGUUGCUUCGGAGAAAGGACUCUUCACUGUGGUCUUUAAUCUGCAAGUCCCUGCUUCAACUCAUUACAGCAUGGUGUUUUACUUUGUGACGAAAGCAUUAGUACCUGGAUCUCUGUUGCAACGGUUUGUUGAUGGAGAUGAUGAAUUCCGCAACAGUAGGUUCAAACUUAUUCCAUCAGUUCCCAAGGGCUCAUGGAUUGUACGCCAGAGUGUAGGAAGUACCCCAUGUUUAUUGGGGAAAGCAGUUGACUGCAACUACAUCCGUGGCCCAGACUACCUUGAAGUGGACGUCGAUAUUGGUUCUUCCACCGUUGCUAAUGGGGUACUGGGCCUUGUAAUUGGCGUUAUUACUACCUUGGUGGUUGAUAUGGCUUUCCUUGUACAGGCAAACGCUACAGAUGAGUUGCCGGAACGGUUGAUUGGGGCAGUUCGUGUUUCUCAUAUUGAAUUGUCAUCUGCAAUUGUUCCCAACUUGGAUCCAUCUUAA